AUGGCUGCCGAGAAAGGGGAUUCUGGAGCAGAAGCAGUUGCACUUGAAAUAGGCACUUAUAUGGGCGAAUGUAUAGAAAUCAUUGAACAUUUUGGGGGUGAUGUAGUCAAAUUUCUUGGCGAUGCAGUCCUUGUUAGUUUUCAGACGAUUCAUCCCGAGGAAAAAGAUCAAGACAUGUCUGAACCUAAUACGUCCAUUGAAGAAAGAGAGAAAAGACAUAAAAACCUACUUGUCCGAAGAGCAGUCGAAUGUGGAUUACAAUUACUGGCCAGAUUGUCUCAUUACCGAGUCUAUUUAACUGCAGAAGAAAGAUCCAAACAUCGCUCAAAUGCUGAAAUGGAACGAAGAUUUAAUUCGCAUCCUGGCAUGGGCAACCAACGGUUCUUAUUGUUUGAUGGUACAGGCACAGCCAGUGAUAGUGAACGCACCUUGUCCCGAGACAGUCUUCAAAAUGUUUCUUCUAUUUUUGAUUUUGAUCAUACGUAUAAUGAAGAGUACUCAACGGCUUUUAAUGUCUGGAACUGCAUUCCUCUCUUGUUUGGCAAAGACAACAAGAAAAGAAACAGAGUUUAUGCAUCUCGACGUCGAAGUCAUACAAGUGAUACUACACGAGAAGAACCCGAUGCUAUUGAUCUUGAAUUACACAUUGGUCUCUCAUGCGGAAAUAUCACGAAUCUUGUUCUCGGUGACAUCAAACCAUCGUCAUCAAAUGUCAAGCGAAAAAGAAGUUCUCAACAAAAGAUAAAGAACAUAGAACAGGAUCCAUCGGAAUACACAGGUCGUUUAGAAUAUGCCAUUUGUGGUCCUGCUGUGGAAUCGCUUGAAGAGGCAUUGACAGCAGCCAAAGCAGGUGAAAUGAGUAUCACCCCAGAAGCGUACAAUAUCUUUCAUAAUCAAAUGAUGUGUCUUUCUUAUGAAAAACGAAACCAAUUUUAUGUUGUCAAAGGCACAGAUACCAUUACACACCACCAUACUAAAAAGCGACAUUAUACAUCUCAUCAAAAGAGCAUAUCAACGCCCAAUGCAAGUUAUUUGAUGGACAAGCCAGGUCUUAUGAAACGAGCUGCUACACUUAACAUUGAACCUCUAAUACCCAAAUCACGAGAAGACUCACUGUUGGAACUCUCGACUGAUCCUAAUCCAGAUUACUUUAAAUACAUUAACCGAAGUGCGCUUUAUCGAUUGCAGAAUAGUCCUGAGGAUAACUUUUUGCCUCAGUUUAGAGAUGCAACUAUCAUGUUUAUCAGCCUUGGCAAGUUAAAUGUAGCUACACCCAAAGGUGCUAAAAUUGCUCAACGAGCUACUGUAGCUACCAUUCAAGCCUUGUUAAAAUACGAAGGCAUCUUGCAGCAAUUUGCUGUCGAUGAUAAAGGCGCUACGUUAUUAGCUGUGUUUGGUCUUCCGCCUUUAUCGCAUGAACGAGAAGCUGUAUUUGCAGCCAAAGCAGCUAUUGAAUUACGAGACAGUUUUGCUGAAUUCCUCGAUGAUUUUGCCAUUUCUUUAUCCACAGGUAUCAUAUUUAAUGCUGUCUUGCCUCAAGGUAAUCCUUAUCGUCGAGACCCAGGCAUUGCAGGUGACACAAUCAUUCUGGCUGUCCGUAUGCUCAAGUUUUCAUUUGCUCAAAAGAACAUUGUAUGCGACUUUGCAACCAAACAACAGAUUGGAAGAACAUGCGACUUUGAAGAAUAUGGUGAGAAUUUCGUCAAGGGUAAAGUUAAGCCUGUAACUAUCUAUGGCAUCUUGCGAUUUGCCACUGUCAAGACAAAGCGUAUCUCUACACAAAGUCAAGAGAAGAAUUCUGAUUUUAUUGGAUAUAAAGCAGAGAUGGCUGCAGCUACCGAGUUUGUGGAUGAUUGGAUGGAGGCUUCGAAUCAUCAUUUGUUGGUCAUCUCCGGUCCUUCAGGUGUAGGCAAAAGUUUCUUUUGUCAUGCAUUGAGCAGAAUGAUUAUUUCGCAUGAUACAACAUGUUGCUGGUCUUCUUCAACAGAAGUUGAAAAGAGUUCAAAAUACUACCUUGUCAAAAACAUCUUGUUAGCCUUGUUUGAAAUCAUUGAUUCAGAUCAAGUGCCUCAAAAUACACGACGACGUGUGCCUCACCUUAGUGGUUCAGGUGGAUUUUACUUGGCAGAUUCAGUCCAAUCCCAACAAUCAAACGAUAUCAUGUCCGCCAAUUCCUCUUCUUCGUCUGUGGUACCUUCGCCUACGACAACCAAAGACAAUCAUAGCAAUAACCACCCUCUCUCGCUUGAACAAGUACAGCGUCUUCGUUCUUAUUCUACCAUCUCACGCUUUUCUUCUCGAGAACCUCGAGAACGCCUUGAAGGAUCCAAUGAGUUGGAAGAACUGAUCACUCGAUGUCUUCGUAUUUGCGGUGAAGAAGAUGGGUUUCUGCCAUUAUUUAAAGUAGUUUUUUCUGCCUUAUCUGAUCUAGAAGACAAUCGGUAUACACGCCGAUUGGAUGGCCGAGGCAGAGAUAUUUUACUGACAGGUCUUAUCAGUCGAAUGACACGCUAUGUAUCUGAACAAGUAGGUCUUGUCUUUAUUCUUGACGAUGUCCAAUGGGCUGAUUCAGCAUCUAUUCGUUUAUUACAACAUAUUCAUGAACAUUGUCAACGUGUGUUGCUUGUGUUGGCUACACGCCCUGUUAAGGACUACAAUGUUACUUUUAUCAAUGAUUUUAGAGAAACAGGUUGUUCAGAAGAAAUCCAAUUGAACGGAUUAGGUGCUAAAGAAAUUGGCGAAAUCAUUCUCCAGACAUUUCAAACUGCAGGUGUAACCAAUGUCAGUCCUGAAAUUGUACGUGUCAUUCAAAAGCGUACAGGUGGUAACCCGCUUUAUGUGAAAAACAUGGCCAUUGUAUUAAAAGACUUUAACCAUGUCACUUUGGUCGAGAAUACCUUGGUGCCUACAAGCAAUCGAUUUGAUCUUGAAGACCUAUUGGGCAAUUUUGAUUACAAGCGUAUUAUCAAGAUGCAGUUUGAUCGAUUGGAAGGUACCUUUCAAGAGUUCCUGACAGUCGCUAGUUGUCUAGACCAGUACUUUACUAUUCAAGAAGUUCAAGCAGUGAUCAAAGAAAACAACACUGACUUCAAGUAUGCAGAUGAUGACACUGUGCGUCAAAAAAUUGAAUUGUACGAUGUUUAUCAUUUUAUUCAAAAAGCAGACGAUAGUUUGGUGGGCAAUGAAGUCUAUACAUUUGCACACAUUACCAUUCCUCAAAGUAUCUAUGAUAUGGCAUCUUAUGAAACCCGUAUCGUACUCCACCGUUUACUAGCCAAGUAUUAUGAAAGCCAGCUCACUCGAGAAAACUACAUGGAAUUGCUGAGUAAAGUAACUCGCCAUUACUUGCAAACAGACUGGCUCGACAAACAACUGUAUUAUUUGGAAGCAUUGGCUGAUGUUAACAUGAAAGCGUUUCUUUUGCCAGAAGCCACGCAUAACCUUGAACGCAUUGUCAAAAUAUUAGACAGUAAUCAAGACUUGGCUGCUCAGUUUGGUCGCCUGCAUCGAAGUGAUAUCUAUCGUCGAUUAGGCAUGUGCUUUGCUAUGCGAACCAAACUCAAAGAAGGCGAAAAAUUCUUGUUUCAAGCACUGGAUUGUCUUGGUGAACCUUGGCCACAAAGUGAACCUGAAUUCCUGUUCAAGUUCUGGGUCAACCGUCUGGCCCAAUACCGCCAUCGAAAACUGCGUGUGUUUCGUAAAGUUGAUAAAGACAUCAAGAAAGAAAUCGGCAAACGUGUGGUGGAAAUCAUGGCUCAAUUGUCCAGUAUUUAUUUUUAUACGGGUAAAGGACGUGCUUUUGUAUAUACUUGUCUUGUUGGCCUGAACGCUUGUGAACGUCUAAAUGAAAUUGGACCUAAUUAUACCCUAUUUUUGGCUAGGAAUUCAUUACUAAGCUGGCUUAAUGAUGAAAAAGAGCAAUCUAUUUUUUAUAUCACUAAGGCAUUGCGUUACAUGGACCAAAAGAACGAUGCAGACACACUGACGAUUUGCUCGUUUUUAUGCUUUGCGGCAGGCAAAUUCAAGAAUGCAAGAGAUUUGUUGUAUCAGUCAAUUGAUGCUGUCAAGACGUUGGGCGUCAUUACAGACUGCCAGGGAUUUUAUCGAUCUGUAGGCUUGGUGAUUACGAUGCGUAUUUUUGAAGGCACCUUGGACCAUUCACCCGAUGAUUUGGUCUUAUUGAAGCAAAUGGCAGACACGGCUCAUAGUAAUUGUGAUUUUGAAGCGGAGGUUUGGUUAAGUGUCUAUAAUGUUGGCAAUGCUUUGAUUAUGGAUCGAUUGCGUGAUUGCGAGCCAUUUGUGACCUUGUUAGAAGCGCAUUUGAAGCAGUCUGCAGACUUUAAUCGUAUUGCUAUCCAUGGUACUUUGCUCUGUUAUUAUGCAAGAACACAUAAUUAUGAAUAUGCUCGUCGACACACACGGCACUUGGUAGCUAUUCUUCCUUUAUUGACUGUCACACCCAACAUUUUCCCUAUUUUUGGCUUAAUAUUUGCUACGAUGGGCAUGUAUUGUAUGAUUGAAGAUGAACAAGUGGACUUUGUCUCUACAGGUGAUGCCAAUAACUAUGAUCGCUUCAUUCUUGGUGUUUCCAGAAUUAAUCACGCGUUUCAACAAGUCAAGUUUUGGGAGUUUACACAACCUUGUCUUUACUUGGCAAGAGCAUUGCCUUAUAUCAGCACAGGCAGGACAGUAGAGGGCUUUAUGGUGCUUCAACAUGGUGUAUUGGAAAUGCGGUUUAUUCAAGAAAUACGUUUCUUAAAGGCAUUUUAUUGGGCUAACUUAGGCAAAUACGCAUUUACGCCAGCAGACCGUAUUGAAUGGACACAUAGGGCAAGAGUGGAUUUCGAAGAUCUCAAGAUACCUUCACAUGUGUAUUGUAAUCCUGACCCAGCCAAUUCCUAUACUCGACAUAUGCCUGCAGAUUUGACAGCUUAA